AUGGUAUUACUAAGUCAUGCGCUUGAAUGGCUUGGAUACAUACCGUUGAUUGUAUCCUAUCUACAUUGGCGUUAUUGGCAAUAUAGCCCAAAAAGUUUCAAGCAAUUCGUCAGUCUUGACAUACCUUACAACGAGCAUAGUAAAUUAGAUGUAUAUCAUCCUAACAAAAUUUCCAAGAAUAAGUCAACAGCUCCGCCUAUCAUUAUCUUUAUUUAUGGUGGCGGAUGGGGCUCAGGCUCCAAGCUCAUUUAUUCGACACUUGCCAAUACGCUUCGUGAAAUGGGCUACGUUAUUGUUCUGCCUGAUUAUCGCAAAUAUCCUGAAGGGCAUAGUGCAGGUGCUCACUUGGCUGCUUCCGUAAUAUUACGAGACCUCAUCAGCCGUAUUAUUUAUGAAAAAGCACCACAUACAACAAGUAAAAGCGCAAACAUUUCGCAAAAUUUCUUGCCUCUUGUCGAAGGCCUCUUACUAUUCUCAGGUGUAUACGAUAUAGCAGCCCAUUUUGAUCAUGAAACUUCUCGCGGUAUCGAGAAACUCUCUGCUAUGGCACGAGCUAUGGGUUCCAACCGCGAAGGAUACAUUGCAAAUUCACCUCUGUACAUGGUUCAAGAGAACCAGAAUCUAUUUACAAAUGCUGCAGAUUUACUACAUAUGAUGCCAAGGAUUCUGUUACUUCACGGUCAAAAAGAUAGUACUGUCGGCAUGGAACAAUCGACUCGAAUGUUUAAUAUGUUGGGUACGCUGUUUUCUUCAAAAGAUCGCGAGCAGGUCGACGUAAGAAUGAGACUCUACAAGCGUAUGGGUCAUAGUGAACCUGUUUUAGCUUUAAUGCGGAACUUAUUUACAGAACGUCCAGAGCAAAAAUUGCUUUUGAGAGAUAUUAAAGAAUUCGUAGACGGCUCCUAA